UUCAUCAGAAGUGUUUUUAACUGUUAAAACUAGAAGAAAAUGUGAUAUUUGUUCGAAGAAUAUUUCAGAAAAAGAAGACUAAUUUCGCAGUUUUAGUAGGAUUCACACUAUAAUGCGCAUCUUAUUUUAAAACUAUUUAAACACUAACUUUGUAUGUUACAUGAGUCCUGUGUCAGUCCCGACCAGGCCCAACUCUCCUGUGCCAUCACUAUUUCUAUUCCUGGUCUGGCUCUGAUUGUGGACCCUCCCAGUUUGUGUUCUGUUUUUUUUUUUUCUACUGUAGUGUCAGUUGUUCAUGCUUAUUAGGAAGAGAGGGAGUUGUCAGUGGUUCGCUUCUGAGGGAUGCUGCUUCUUUGGGCCACAGCUACCGAGGUGAGGACAUCUCUGACCCCUGCUCAAGCAAACAACCUGUGCGCUUCCUUUUUGGACUACCUCACCACUAAAAGUCCAGACCAAGACCAGGAGCAUGGAGACUAGCCCCAUCCCGGUGGUGACAGUCCAAACCACCCCCUUUGAUGACCAGAGACCCGGUACCAACGGACUGCGGAGGAAGACGGCCGUGUUCGAGGGGAAGAAGAACUACCUGCAGAACUACAUCCAGAGCGUCUUGUCCUCCAUGGAUCUUCGGGACCGGCAGGGGUGCACCAUGGUGGUGGGCAGCGACGGACGCUACCUGAGCCGGGGAGCCAUAGAGGUCAUAGUGCAGAUGGCAGCCGCCAAUGGGAUCGGUCGCCUGGUAAUCGGUCACAAUGGCCUCCUGUCCACCCCUGCUGUCUCCUGCAUCAUCAGGAAGAUCAAGGCUAUUGGAGGAAUCAUCCUCACAGCCAGCCACAAUCCCGGAGGCCCCGCAGGAGACUUUGGCGUCAAGUUUAAUGUGGCAAACGGAGGCCCAUCCCCAGACACGGUGAUGGAGAGGAUUCAUCAAGUGAGCCGCACACUGGAGGAGUACGCCAUCUGCCCUGACCUCCGCAUUGACCUCUCUAGGCUGGGACGACAUGACUUUGACCUCGAGAACAAGUUUAAACCGUUUAGAGUGGAAAUUGUGGACUCAGUAGAGGUUUACCUUCAAAUGCUGCGAAACAUCUUCGACUUCAGCGCCAUCAAAAGUCUCCUGACGGGACCAGACCAGCUGAAGAUACGCGUAGACGCAAUGAAUGGAGUGAUGGGCCCUUAUGUCCGUAGAAUCCUGUGCGAUGAGUUAGGGGCCCCGGCUAACUCCGCCGUCAACUGCGUCCCUCUGGAGGAUUUCGGGGGCCGGCCCCCUGAGCCCAACAUGACGUAUGCCUCUUCGCUGGUGGAUGCCAUGAAAGGAGGCGACUUUGGCUUUGGUGCUGCGUUGGAUGCAGACGGGGACCGCUACAUGAUCCUCGGGGAGAACGCUUUCUUCGUGAAUCCGUCGGACUCUGUCGCCAUCAUGGCCGCCAACCUCUCCUCGGUCCCUUACUUCCGACAGCUCGGCGUGAAGGGCUUCGCCAGGAGUAUGGCCACCAGCAUGGCACUCGACAGGGUAGCCAAAGCCAUGAAACUGGCCCUCUAUGAGACUCCUACUGGUUGGAGGUACUUUGGGAACCUGAUGGACUCUGGACGUUGUUCUCUCAGUGGGGAGGAAAGCUUCGGGACAGGUUCAGACCACAUUCGUGAAAAAGACGGCUUGUGGUCAGUGUUGGUGUGGUUGUCAAUCAUGGCGACAAGGAAACAGAGCGUGGAGCAGAUUGUCAAAGAGCACUGGGCCAAGUUUGGACGCAACUACUUCUGCAGGUUUGACUACGAAGGCCUUGACCCCCGCGCUGCCUUUUAUCUGAUGAGGGAUCUGGAGUCAGUCAUCUUGGACAAAGCGUUCACCAGCCAGAAGUUUGCUGUCGGAGAGCACGUGUAUGGCGUGGACAGGACUGACAAUUUUGAGUACAUUGACCCUGUCGACGGAACGGUGGUGAGACAUCAGGGUUUGAGAAUCAUCUUUGGCGAUGCGUCCCGUCUGGUGUUCCGGAUGAGCGGAAGCGGCAGCGGGAUGGGCGCCACCAUCCGCAUCUAUGCAGAGAGCUUCGAGAGAGACCCUGAGAGACACAACAGAGAGACGCAGGUAGUGCUGGGUCCUCUCAUCGCCAUUGCACUGAAGAUCUCCAACAUUCACGAGAGGACGGGACGCCGCGGCCCUAACGUUAUCACAUGAGUAGAAAACACCUUUUCCGUCUACCUGCUUUCCAUGUGUCCUCUGCAGCUUCAUUCCGUGCACGCCUACUGAGGUGCUUAUUUCAAUUAUUUGGAAUAAAAACAACAUUAAAAAACCCACACUUGUAAUUGGUGACCACUAUCGUGUGUCACUUAUCUCCAUCAAGAGGGAGGAUGAAUCAUGAGAAAUGUGCACAACAAGCAUACAUAUUCUUCAACGCGCACGUGCCUUUAUUUUGUGUUUUAUGGAGUUGUCUUGCAUCUGUCAUCAGGAAUUAUUAACCGACCUUCAUGCUGAGUUUGUUUGCACAUGUUUGUUUCCCAUGUUGUUUGUAUGCUCCACAAUUAAACACUUUUGUGUCAAAUCAAAGCAGGCAAUGCAUCACAACUAAUAAAACUUUGCCAAAUGAUUUUGGAGUGACUUUUAUAUCAAGAUUUUUUAAAUUUGGGUGUCCUUAGAAAUGCUAUGCAGAAAUAUUUGCAUUAUUUUAUACAAGUGUAUUUUUUUGUGUGUUGUGCACCUUUUGAGUAUUUUUAGGCUUUAAUGAACAUAUUUUAAAUGAAGGUAAUCAAAUGGAGGGUUUGUGUGCUAUAGAACAAUGCAAGGCUUGUGUAUUCUCCUUGGAAGUCAACAGGUUCUGCAUGAAGAUAAGAAAAAGAGCAUUGAUCUUUACGAGGCCUCAAAUAGACACUGAGAACAGGAACCCGUAAACAUGCUGAUUGCCGCGGUUAUGAGUUGUGGAUGCGGCACUGGAUAUCCGCAUGUCUUCACUCCUUCUUGACCGACCACUUAUUGCACCUUGUUGCACCAUCAGGACUUUUCUUUUUUAUAAUGUUAAAGGUUACGUCAGAGAGCCAAGAGUAGAAUCAGAAACGUAUUAGUUUCACAGAGUCACAAGAGUCAAUCAGUAGUCAAUCAUGCAAAAAAAAAAAGAAAAUAAGCACCAUUUUAUGUUGAAAAUGUACUAUUUUCCAUAAUAUUUUUAAAAUGUAUAUUUGUUAUAAAAAUUACCAAAGAUAGUUUUAGCCUGUACUUCACUUCCAAACUCUUUACAAGACAUACACACACGUAAACACUAUUUCACACACUUUGUCACAUUUUCUUAGUGUGGUGACGUGGAAGUAUGACACUGCUUGGCUUUUUACAUGCAACUUUUAUUCUGUCAUCUUUAACAAACACAGCAGUUCAAGCACAAACGCUAAUAAAUAAUAAUAAUAACACUAAUAAAUUCCCUUGUGAGCCUGUACUGUCAUCUCAUUGAGCGUUGUG